CCAUCUUCUUCAAUUGCAAGUCAAACGGGUCGAACGAUGAACAAAGACCAAUCUUUAGCCUUCGAAAUCGGAACCGACGGAUUGUGAUGUGAUUUUCACAAGUGCAUUCCAAAUCUGGAUACUUUCCUUAAAUAUGGGUGACGCUUGAUCGAAAAGAAGAUAUUUUCCGAAUGUUGAUUGAAUGGGGUGUUGGAUAAUAUUUUUCGUGCUAAAUUUUUGAAUUGUGCAGAAGAAUUCAAAAGGAAGGCAUAGCAAAAGUGGAAGAGUCAGAGAAGGGCAAAAAAUUAAAAAUGUCCAGCCGCGUACGCAAGCAGAACGAGCCCAUGAAGGCAUUUGUUCCAGUAAGCUCACUUCUGGUCCGUGGUUCCGGUUCGCUGCACUGUGCGACGGCUUCCGGUGGCGGUGGGGGAGGUUCCGGAAUAGGUUCGAAGUCUCUCUCCGCUACCCUUUCACCACCCAUCAGACACAUCUCACCGGAGCAUGCCGUAUCAGGAAACCGAAGUCCGGGAGCACUUACUUAUAAAGGAAAAUUAUUAACACUAAAUGAAGGCUCGAUGCGCCGCACGGCGUCCCUCGAUGCGUUGUAUUUGCGUCCUGCCCCAGCCUGGAGUCAGGUUACGUCGACCUUAUUACAACUUGAUAAGGCAACCCAGACCGACGAAUCGUUUCUGGAGCGCACACGAGGCAGCACAUGGAUGCCAAGUACUGGCACCGGUACCGGACCAUCGACGGACGCAUCACCAAUUAUCACCCGCACCGAGGUGACGACACCGACUGAUUUAAAAAUGGAGAAAGUGAUACGACAAAGACUGCAACGCACACACCGCGGUGAACAUUCAGUUAGUUCCCAGACACUGAGCCCAAAUCAUGCUAAAGCCAGCCCAGUUUCAAUACCUCCACGUACCUGUCCACCUGUUCACAUGCGCCCUAUGCGUAGUUCGGUAGAGGGCUUGAAUCAGGAAAUAGAGAAACUGGUUCUGUAUACCGGGCAACCGCAUACAUGCCGAUCAGAUCUGGAAAUGUUCUCUCGUGGAACGCCGGAAGGUCACCGCGCACCACUGGCCGAGCUGUUCCACGCCGCCGCCGGGGGAUCGGCUGCACUGAGCAGCGAUACGCGAACUGUCAAUACUCAAACUCCGCUGGGCGAUACGUUGUCCUCGGAUGAUGGCAGUCAGAGUACUUCGCCAGAUGAGGCGGCUGCCGCAACAAGCGCAUCACCCAGAAUUAAUCGAUUUUUAGCCCGAGAACCGCCUGAUGGUUGUGAGAAGGUAAGCCUCAAACUGACUGAAGCCGAUACCAGUACAAACACAACACAUUUCAAGCCUUGUGUCGCUUUCCAACUGAGACCCUCGCUUGGAUCUGCGUUCCAGCCGUUGCAGCCGAUUUUGACGCUGAAAACCACUCCCGAGGACGAUGGCAAUGCCGAAGAACCGGAGGCGAACCCUUCGCACCAGGUCAGCGAAGCGGAUAGUGUAAACUGAGCAGUUUCUUCUACCGGAACUGACUAGGAGCACUGCGCAUAUACGACAGGACUAUAUGAUUGCUUGUUGGAGCACCGCACACUGAAUAUAACGGUAGGUACAACUGAAAUGUCGAUUCAAUAUCAUUUUUUAAGAACAUACAAUUAAAACCGUUAAUCUGUCGAGUGCAAAACAAUUAAAACCAAAAGUCGUGGAAUUAAACUGUUUAAUCAAUUUCUUGUAUAAUAACGUAGUUGCUUCGUAAGUUAGGAUGAAAACCAGGAUUGUGCUUUUAACAAUCGUUUCGUUCAUUCGUGCUUACUGAUAGGUUUGCAAUUGCAUAGUAACUUUUCUAUUGAAGAGACGAACUGUUCAAUUUUUUUUAAUUUCCCUAUUGUUUUUUCUAUGAACCAGUUGGCAUUUUUAGAAUGUCUAUGUGUGCGUGUGAGUGUGUAAAUAGAAUCUAUAGUACAGCAAAACCUAUGGCACAGAGACAUAAUACAAAUUCCUUUCCAGUUUUGAAGCAGCAAGAUCUAGGUGAUUAUAUUUCAGAGACAGAAAACAAUAAGGCAGGCAGACAUCAAUCAGGAACUGAAAUGACUACACACUAUUUGUAUUAUGCAUGACACAACUAGACGAAAGCAUAGCAAUGAGAGACUUUAUACAAAACUACAUUUUGGUACCGCUUAGAUGUCUUCAUAGUAAAUGUCAACAGGGCUAAGUUUUACGGCUUUCCAAGUUAAUCCACAACAUAUUUCCAUCGAUUCUAGAUUUUGUUUCGCUGGAUUAUUUUAACAUGUCAUUUUUAACGUUUUCAAAGGUUGUUGAGUUCAUCAUACAAUUUUUUUCGUUCGUGUGUUACAUAUGCGCAUCUAAUCUUGUAUGUUUCCUUGCAACAAAAACAAUAAAUGCCAUUUACCACCAAUAAUCGAUUUUGAAAUCAUAUUCUGUUUUCUCAACAAUUGGAACCAUAACAUACUUGUACGGAGCAAAAACAAUAGAAUCAAAACAACCAAUGCUAUAUUUUGCUAUACUGAAUUUCUACACACGUAUGCAACAGUCAAUAAAAAUUAGUAUUUAACGAGGAAGAAAACAGUAGAGAUCACUCAACAAAUCAACUAUUAAAACUAUAUAUUAUUCCACAGUCUAGGAAGUGUGAACGCUUCGUAAGUGAAGAAUGGAGGCUUUCAUAUUUUUGAAAAGAAUGAACGAGAAAGGAAAUCUGAGUAUUUUCUAUUUGAUUGAGUGUUGUUGCGGUCAAUGUCGGUACCAAAUAAGAAAGUGCAUAAUGCGUUAGUUUGAUUAGUUAUGCAACAACAGUAGUGAGAACAACAGUUGGUGGUUUCGAUAAGUAUGUAAUUCAAGUCUUUGAAGGACCAAAUAAUAGGGGCAAACAAUGGAUUGGCAUUUUCGUGUGUGCUGCUUUCGCGUUAAUUAGAUGUACGUUUUGAUUAUUUUUUUUUUUUUGCCUGGUGUUACAUUCCCAACGUGGUUAUAAUGCAUUGCAUAAAUUCGUGAUACAGAUUAGGAUGCAGCAACCGAAAGCAGGAAAAAACUGAGUAGAAAUGUUAUUUAAUUCCAAUAUACAGCCCAGUAUUAAAAAUGGGAAGCUUUCUAUGCUCAAAGCAAGUUGAAAAAUGUUGUUAUGCGUCAUGAAAUGAAACGAGACAGAAACGAAAUUUGUUGGGCUGUAAAUAGUGAUGUGAAGACGCCGUAGUUAUAGCCCCUGCACACUUUCAUCGAUUCAAGAAACAUUUACUACCAUUUUGGUAACGAAACAAAUUGAAAUAGUAGUUUAUUUUUUGACUAAAAGUUUGCUGCUGUAAUACUACCAACUCAAUAAUUCGCUAAUAAAUAUUCCCAAAUAAUAAAUGUACAAAUCUAUCGUUUUAAGAUUUAUGUUAUUAACGUAAGUAAUAUUGCAGAGAAAAUGUUGAAAAUAUUUCUUUAAAAAUAGUAUACUAAGUUAUGACUAAUAAUAAUCACUCAGUGAGGAAUGAACAUGAUCUGUGCUAUAGUACACAUUUUGACGGACAUCAUAGCAAAGCAAAUUGAUCGCUCAGUGCGGAAAAAAUCGCUGAUAGUACGGAGCGAAUGUUCGCGAUACAGAUUGUUGCUAAAUAUGGUGAAAAUUCCGUAAUUCAUGUUGCAUUUGAGCGUUACCAACAGAAGCGCCAUGUAGUGACAGCCCGCUGGCGUUCUCACGGAGUUGCCAGCGUACUGUUAUACGUACAAUCAUUUAGUGGUAUAUGCCUGUGUAUGAGCUUUCCCGAACAAGUUCAUCGGAUGACAUGAGCUGCAACUUAAUGGUUCAGUUGAUAUGUUUUACUUUCGUUUAGUUAUUGCAUUCUGAAAAGCAUUUUGUUGUGUAUUUUUUGCUAAGCAUUUCAAUUAAAGUUGUUUAUCACAUUUCGUUUUUUGCCGGUUAGUUUUAUCCGAAAAGCAUUGGAACGUAUCUUCAAUUUUUUUUCAAUUAUUUUAAAUUACAUUCUGUCAAAUUCUAAAACAUUCCAGUCUUGUAAGUUUCUGCGAAAGCAUCCUGUAUUGAAUAUUUGUUUGAACAGAACAGAUUUAGCGUGUUACACUUACACAUACCUCUUUAUUGUAGCAUCGCCCAAUACAAGGAUAGAAGUAUCUCGAAGCAAAGAGUUUUUUCAGUUAUUUCAUUACAUUCGAAGUUGCAAUCCUACAGUUAACAUUUUCGCCAACAAUUUUUGGUCCUUCAAGCAUCAGAUAGUAUUGAAUCACGAUGGAACGUUUGAUUGCACGUCGAAAUGCCUUGCUAACGCAGUUAAGAUGGGAGCGCAUGGAAACUAACAAACUUCACGAGAGGAACGCAUCCCUCAGGGAAGCCAAAGAUCGGCUUGGGCAGCUAAGGUUGCUAAGGUUGCUGGGAGCUUUCGCCGUACACAGCGAGAAAUCGAAGAAAAUCAACCCGAACCAGAUGCCGUCGCAUCGGUACAUAAUAAUCGAGAGGAAUUCACUGCGCAAUAUUAUCAGGCGAAAAGUAGUUUGGAAGGAGCAUGAACUAGAAAUGAAUUCGGUGGCUAGUGACAGGACGGUUGUUGAUACAUGUGAAGACCUGAAGGAGGCCAUGAAGCUGUUGAUUGAAGCGCAGCGAGCGACGCAGCUAAGUCAGUCAGCUACAAACAACAAUAUAAACCAAUUGUCAGGACGCUUAGUGAAUGAUCCCACUGGAGUAGAACAGAUAUCGAAUCGUUCACCUUUUUCAAAAGUUAGGCUUCCACCGACAAAUGUACCCACGUUUAAUGGAGAAAGGAAGCACUGGAUAUCGUUUAGAGACAUAUAUGAAACCACAAUUAAUCCGCGAAAUGAUCUCAAAGAUUCUCAUAAAAUGCAAUAUUUGAUGUCGUAUCACGAAAAACAUGCACGGCGUUUGGUAAGUUCUUUUGCCAUUCCGGAUGCUAACAACGGUGAAGCAUGGACAACUUCUACGAUAAGAACAAAAUACGAAAUACUCAGUGUUCGUCCUAGUUCGUGAGUUUGUGGACCAGCCAUCCAUAAUUUCUGCCACCUCCAGCAACCACCACAUCGGAUGAGAUUAUUCUUCAACUAAACGCACUUGGUGAUGUGUACAACACUCGUGACCAAUGGCUGAUAUAUUUUAUUUUUGAGAAACUAGACAAGGGUACUCGUUCUUUGUGGGCGCAAAAAAUUGUUGAUAUAGAGUACCCAUCAUUUAACGAAUUUUUAAAGUUUCUGGAUGAUCGUUGUGAUGCUUUGGAAAGAUGUACGGUGUAUACUAAGAAGUCUGAUAUUGAUAGUGUAGAAAAGAAAAAUUUCGGCCGUUUCAUUCGUUACAAACAUCGACGGUUGCAGAAAAGUGCGUGAAAGGCUUCAGUGAGCAUCCAAUAUUCCAAUGUGAAGAAUUUAAAAAAAUGGAUUUGCAAGGGAAACAUGAGCUUGUACAAAAAGCGCGGUUGUGUUAUAAUUGUUUGCGGUCAUCGCACAAUGUACUUUACAUCUUUACAUCUAGCUUUUCAAAGUCAGUAUAUGACAUAUUGAACGCAAAUCGCAAAAAGCGACAUCAUACGCUUUUAUGUCGUUUUAUUGUCGAUCAUUAACGUCCAGAUGACAAUAAUGAAGCGAAACCGCUUACAGAAGAAACAGAACCUAUAAUCAAUACCUUAAUGGCUCAGGGGCCAAUAGAUGUUAAAUAGGUGCUGAUAUUGCCAACAGCAGUUAUCCAUGUACGAAACGCUCAUGGUAUUCUGGGAAACGCUCGAGCGUUGCUAGAUUCGGGAUUCGAAGCUUCAUUGAUUACGGAAUGUUGUGUGACUAUCUCGGUUUGCAACGUACCAAUGGAAAGUUUGUAGUUUCUGGUCUUGAGCAGCAACAAACUGGAACUACAUAGAGCAUCGUUAAACUUGCAUUAACCAACCGAUUCAGUGACAUGGUUCUUUUGCAAACGAAUGCUUUCGUAAUGGAAAACACUACCGGUUUAAAGUUUGAAGUCAGCGCACAUCUCUUAGACAAGCGAGUACAGGAGAAUUUGGCUGAUCCGGGUUCCAACCACCCAGGACCAAUAGACAUAAUUUUAGGAUCAGAUGUUUUUCUUGUUGUGUUACUUGUCAACGACAACUGUGGGUUUCCCAUAGCGCACAGCACCAUAUUUGAAUGGAUUAUGUCUGGAAAUCACGCAAUUUACACUCCUGGAACUAAUGCCAAUCAUUCAGUAAUAAAUAUAUCAACCGUACUUCACAGAAACUCUGGCACUCUCGCGAGCCAAGUCAGGACGUUUCAUGGUAAGACUUCCUUGCGAUGAUUCGAAACCAGUUUCAGGAAAAUUGCCCCUGCAGCUCUCAAGCGGCUGUUGGCAACGGAGUGGCGUUUUCAUACAGAUUCAGAGUUUGCGAAGCAGUAUUAAGAAUUUCUUACCGAGUAUCUAGCAUUAGGACAUAUGAAAGAAAUCUCAAUGAGUGAAGUGGAUAUAAAGGACAGCGCAUCUAGUGCGUCAUCAACCGGAAUGGUUCCAAAUGACCGAUUUUUGGCGGGACCCAACGUCAACCAAGAUUUGUUUGCGGGUUUUCAACGAUUUCGCGCUAACAAGGUGGCCUCUGCAGCGGACGUUGAGAAAAUGUAUCGUCAAGUGUUCAACAUAUUGUGUGGAGAAGCAAUCCUGAGGAACCAAUUUAGCACUAUCCCUUGUGCACGGUUACGUAUGGAACGAAGUCUGCGCUAUUCCUGACAAUUAGUAUGUUGAUGAUUUUCUUUCUGGAGCAAAAACCAUCGAAGAAGCACGGAGUCGAAAAAUCAGGCAACGGAGAUUCUGCAUUCGGUAGGUUCUAAUUUACGUAAAUGGACUACAAUCUGUACUGAGCUACUUUGUGACGAAGCAGAAGGCCCACAAUCUGUUUCAUCUGUUUCAAUUUCACGUCCCUCCCUCCAGUAAUAGAAUCAAUGUGGACAGACAUUUUGCAACAGCUUUACAAUACCGAACAAGUUCGUAUUGCGCGGUUUGCAGCUAACUACAAUAAGAAAAUGGAAUCAAAUUUAAUUAGAUUAGGUAAUUCGAUUCGAAAAGUAUGUUGUUUUAUUUUUUCCUCCAACAAACAUGAAUGAACAUAAAUUGGGAGGCAUGACAACAAGAAGGUGUACACACGGCGGAGCUGAAGACGGCGCAAUUGUGCCUUCCGUGUAGACGAGUGGAAGGUGGUAGCACAACAGCAGAUACUUACGAAGAGAUCUCUACGAUCCUAUCGCAAAUAGAGGCAUGUCUAAAUUGUAGACCGCUUUGUCCUCUAUCUAUAGACCCGACAGUUAUGAAGCCUUAACCCCGGGACAUUUUUCAAUAGGACAAGCACUCAACCUGAUCCCAGAAUCAUACUGGACGUUUCAAGGCGGGGGAGAUUCUUUGAGUAGAAUAAAAAAAAGGCUCGAAGCAAAUCAUGAAAAGGACAAUAAAUUUUGUUUGACUUAAAUACGGGUUUUUUCAGUUAUUUCUUUACAUCCGAAGUUGCAAUCCUACAGUUAACAUUUUCGCCAACAAUAUUUUUUUCGCAAAAAAUUCUACAGUAUCAUGAUAAAAAUAUAAACUGUAUAUUCUAAAAAAAGCUUUUUUGCUAUGCCUGAACUUUCCAUAGAAAACUUUAGCUAUACUUUAAAAUAAGACGAAGAGUUACUCAUCGAGAGUCCUUUUGUUUUGUUUCUUGUAUUUGAAAUUAGAAAAGAAUUGAAAAAUUGCAAAUUUUCAGUUGUUAAGUAAAAUUAUAAUAUAUUUUGAAACUCGAAGUAUGUCAUAACAUGAGAAAGGCCGUACCUAGAAAGACAGUUUAUGUGAAAUAACACAUUUAAACACGACAAAACGAGUUCCGUAAAAACUUAAUAUAAAUUUUAAAUUCCCAUGGUUUUGUGCAUUUGCCAAUCGACUUCACUCAAUCCACCCCUCGAUUCAUUAUAUGACAACGAACUAUCGUACUAUCUACAUUUAGGCGCAUUAUACGUAGCAGCAGCAAAUCUGGGCAUUGACACCUUUAUUGUAUCUUUAAGUUGUUAGUGAUUCAAGCCAGAAUUUGGGAGCCAGUCUUCAAUUUCUUCGAAACACUGCCCCUAAUCCUUGCUAUUAUCCUUAAUACUGAUAGAAAUUACUCGACAGUUUGUUGUUUUGAUACAGAGUAUACUCACCCAUUUGAUGCCGGAAAACUAUUAUUUGUUAAGAACAAUCUCGCGUAACCUCAGUCACAGGCAAAUACUGUUAGAAUUACUAUCACCAAAACAGAUCUUCGAAGUACCACCAUACUCUUUAGUUUGCUAUUUGCUCAGCGGCGGCAUUAUACUGGAACAAAAGAAAAACACAAUUAGAAACUGCAGCAAACGCUGGACUUAAUCCAACAAACAAAAUAAAAAUAACAAUUAUUAAGUCUCAAAAUUUAUAUUUAGAGAAAGAAAUGUAAGGUAAAAAAACUUAUAAACGAUAUAUUUUUGGAUACUUAAGGGAAAAUGUAGAGAGAAGAAACUGAAAAAAUAUGUGCCUCGCCUUUGGCUAUUUUGUAAAAAAAAAGUAAAAAAUUAGUUUUAACGUCAUGUUAGUGAAAAAGAUAUGUAAAAAAUCCAUAAAAACGGUGAAAUUUUUGGAGCUUUAAUGACUUGAAAUUAUAAUUGUGAACAGACUACUCCGAGAUAGACCUGUACGACCGCUGGGCAAAUAGCAAAGGACUCGAGUGCAACCGUAAAUUGCGGAUACUUUCAGUUGAUACCAUUGUGGGUACAGUUGAACAGCAUCCUAGUUAUGAUUGAAUUAGAUGCUAAUAACAGUAACAGAAAAACGACUACGGCCGUUUCAAUCUGCUUAUCAUCAUUUUCAGAGGUCCAUUGAGAAUAUGGUUGAUACUCACAGUGCAUUGUAUGCUAGGCGUUUCGUUUAGUUUAACAGUCAUUUAGUCCGUAAACGAACAAAAAAGUCGCCAGGAAUAUACAGGCGAACCUGUAUUUUUUUAGUUUUUCGUAUAUAGACUGUACUUAUGGUACUGACAUAUCUAUACUGUAGCGAUUAAUUGUACUGAUCGGAUGAGAAAGCACAAAUGUAAGACAAAUAGAUUGCAAUGUAAAGUAACGCGCGAAAUAUUAGAAAACAAUGAACCCACGGUUCACAUGUCGACAAUGACUGGUUAUUACAGAGAGCUAGAACUGAAAUGGCAAACCGUAUAAUACGACUGAAGUAUGCUGAACACAUGUGUAUAAACAAACAUUAAAUCCACAAAACAGCUCCACAAGGAGGGAAUAAUAAAGCAGUGAAAAAGUA